ACAAUGCCCGCCUCACCUGCACGUACGCCAUGCCUCCCACCCCUCCGCCGCUCCGCGCGCCCAUGUGUCCAAGAUUCCGGAACCGACGACGUACGUCGACGUACGUGAGCCGCCGCCAUGGAUUCGCUGCCUAUAUAUACGCACGCGAUCGAGCUGAUCGAUCAGUGUAGCGAUCUACGAGAUGAGGCCGUCGAUCGUGCUGUUCGGGGACUCGAUCACGGAGGAGGCGUUCGGGGAGGGAGGGUGGGGCGCGCACCUGGCCAACCACUACUCGCGCUCCGCCGACGUCGUGCUGCGCGGGUACAGCGGCUACAACACGCGGUGGGCGGCCAUGGUCGCCGCGCGCGCCGUCGUCGCCGGCGCGGCGGGGGCGGCGGCGCCGCCGGCCGCCGUCACCGUCUGCUUCGGCGCCAACGACGCCUCCCUCCCCGGCCGCGCCAGCGCGCUCCAGCACGUCCCGCUCCCGGAGUACAGGGACAACCUCCGCGCCAUCUGCGCCCUCCUCGCCGCCGCCUGGCCCUCCGUCGUCGUCAUCCUCAUCACCCCGCCGCCCGUCCACGACGCCGCCCGUGUCCGGUACCAGUACGGCGGCGAUUGCGCCGGCUUGCCGGAGAGGACGAACGAGUCGGCCGGCGCGUACGCGCGCGCCUGCGUCGAGGUGGCGGCGGAGUGCGGGCUGAGGGUCAUCGACAUCUGGUCCAAGAUGCAGCGAUUCCCCGGCUGGGAGAGCUCAUUCUUGAGGGACGGGCUGCACCUGACGCCGCGCGGGAACAGGGUGGUGUUCGAGGAGGUGGUGUUCGCGCUCAAGGACGCCAGCCUUGGCCUCGAAGCGCUCCCUGCCGACCUGCCGCUCUUCUGCGACAUGGAUCCAAACAACCCCGUCAAGUCCUUCGACGAAUGACUCAUCAUCGCAAAAAAUUCGCAUUACUGAUUUGAGAAAGAGAAUUUGAAUUCCUUUUCGUUGCGUUUUUUUUAAUUUACGGUGCUAUUUGCUGGAGAAAUGUUUGAGGUUAUAAAUGUCUCGGUUAUUAUUGUUUUGAUUCUUUAGAAAGAUUGGAUGAAUAAUACAUGUAUCGACCGUAUUGUCAUGUAAUGUUUUCUUUGGACAAUGAAAUUCAAUACACGAUCGAGCUGAGCUUUUUUUAAGAUAA